AUGAUUCUGAAGGAUACUUCUGGUGUCGUACAGUCUUCAAGAGUUUAUGGUAAGCUUCCUUCUGCUAACACUUAUUUAGAUUCUGAUUCAAUGUCUUCUAGAAUCUUACCAAUUCUUCCUCCAUCUCAAUCUACCAUUUCUGAACCAAUUCCAAUACCACCACCGGAAACAAAUCCACAAAUAUUAACACCUAUCAUAGAAAUUCCACCAACACCUAUAAUAGAAAUUCCACCACCAAUAUAUGCUCCCAUAAUAGAAACACAUGUCACAGAAACUCCUCUAGUUUUUGCUCCUGUUUUAGAACAACAACCUAUACCACCACCAUUAUCUCCUCCACAUUUAAAAGCUACACACAUCCCACCUCCACCAACUGUUUCUGGUCCCCAACCAAAUAAUCCAAACUUUACAACACCUAGAACAUCUCCUGCAAGAAGUGUUUUUGACGGACAUGUUUUCGAAGGCACUCCUGAAGGAAUGUUUGACUUUGAACCAGAAAUCACUUCACCAGAAUCAUAUCCCAUUAUUCAACCAUCAUAUCCCUCCGCUUUUGUCCUAACUUUGAUGAGUCCAGAAUCAACCUUGCCAUAA